AUGUCUUACACCAAAUACCCUUUCAAUCUUGGGCAACAUGGACGGCGUGUGUCAACCGCCUCACCCGAGGCACAAGGCUGGUUCAACCUAGGUCUAAACUGGUGUCUCGGCUUCAACCACGAAGAGGCCAUCGUGUGCUUUGAGAAUGCACUCAACGCAGACCCAAACUGUGUCAUGGCCCAUUGGGGUGUUGCCUAUGCAUCCGGCCCGUUUUAUAACCUCAUUUGGCGCGAAAUGGGAGAACACGAGGCAGCUAAAGCAAUCACACGAGCCAGAAAUCACAUCAGCACGGCACACUCUCUGGCCACCCAUGCCACAGCUGUUGAGAACGCGCUUGUCAAGGCCAUCGAAGCUCGAUUUAAAUCAUCGGGUCCAGUGCCUGUUGUCGAAUACGAUCAAUGGGAUGACGAUUAUGCAGCGGCGAUGCGGUGCGUCUGCGAAACGUUUCCAGAAGAUGACGACGUGAUGGCGUUGUUUGUGGAAGCGCUCAUUACUCGCACUCCACGUCGACUUUGGGAUAUGAAGACGGGAUUGCCUGCGGCGGGAGCUGAUACACUAGAAGCUAUGGCUAUCUGCAAAAAGAGUAUAGCCCACAACAACGCUGUAGGUAAACCACAGCAUCCUGGCAUUCUUCACCUGUAUAUCCAUGUGAUGGAAAUGUCUCAUAGUCCAGAAGAUGCCAUGGCUUCCGCAGAUACUCUGACGACGCUCUGUCCUGAUGCAGGACAUCUGAAUCACAUGCCGGGACAUGUCUUCAUGCUAUGCGGACAGUAUGAGAAAGCAAAGAAGGCUAGCGAAGCGGCUAUUCUUGCUGAUGACAUGUACGCUGCCCAUGGAGGCUCCAACAACUUCUAUGUGACGGCUCGGUGUCACGAUAUCCAUCUGAUGAUGUCAACGUGUAUGUUUCUCGGCCAAUAUGAGCCCGCCAUGAAAGCAGCAAGGAAGAUGCGAUCUGUCAUAACGAGGGAUAUUCUCACUACACCGAAUCGACCAAAGCUUACUAUGCUAACUGAAGGAUAUUACGCAAUGGCGGUUCACGUGUUGGUACGAUUUGGCCGGUGGCAGGACAUCAUUGACGCUCCGCUACCUGAUGAACCAGAGCUGUAUCUGAUUACCACCGCAAUGCAACAUUAUGCUCGUGGGGUCGCUUACGCUUCGUUGAAGAAAAUCGAGGAGGCUGAGCGAGAGCGCACACGGUUCCAGGAGGGUGUCAAACGUGUCCCUCCUGAGCGGCGGUUUCUUAAUAACCCAGCAGUUGACAUGCUUGCGGUCGGGGAGAGCAUGUUGAAUGGAGAGUUGGAAUACCAUAAAGGCAACUAUAGCAAAGCAUACGAGCAUUUGCGGGAAGCGGUUCGAAGAGACGACAACCUCAGAUACACCGAGCCGUGGGCGUGGAUGCACCCUCCUCGCCAUGCACUCGGUGCGCUGCUAUUAGCUCAAGGCCACGUUGACGAAGCAGAAAAGACGUAUCGAGGUGAUCUCGGGCUUACACAAGAACUUCAGCGCUGUUCGCAGCAUCCUGAUAACAUUUGGUCGCUGCGUGGUUUGGUGGAAUGCUUGGAACGACGUGGUGAGACGGAUGAGCUUCCGGCGCUGAGGGAGAAGCUUGCGAAUGUUGUUAAACUUGCUGAUGUUGAAGUCCCAUCUUCUUGUAUGUGUCGAACCUAG